AACCUGUCGUUGUCUUUGUCAAGUCACUUGAUGUCUUUAAUAAUUUAUUUAGUCUGUGGAGUUUGUGUUUUGAGAGCUAUCGAAAAUAUUUAAGAUGCAACCACAGAUUUUAGUGCUGAAGGAGGGGACGGACCAGUCUCAAGGCAAGCCCCAACUCAUCUCCAACAUAAAUGCCUGCCAACUUGUUGUAGAUGCAGUGCGCACUACCCUGGGUCCUCGGGGUAUGGAUAAACUGAUUGUGGACCACAGUGGUAAAGCUGUCAUAUCUAAUGAUGGAGCUACUAUUAUGAAGCUCCUGGAUAUUGUACAUCCAGCUGCCAAAACCCUUGUGGAUAUCGCCAAGUCACAAGAUGCUGAGGUUGGUGAUGGCACCACAUCAGUUGUGAUCCUCGCCGGAGAGCUGCUCAAGAGGCUGAAACCUUUUGUGGAAGAUGGAGUCCAUCCUCGCAUCAUCAUCAAGGCGCUGCGGACAGCAGCACGUCUCGCCAUAGAGAGGGUCAAGGAGUUAGCCGUUAAGGUGGAAUGCCAGUCACCUGAAGAACAGAGGGAGCUGCUUCGCAAGUGCGCGUCUACAGCGAUGUCGUCAAAGCUGAUCCACCAGCAGAAGGAUCACUUCUCAAAGAUUGUGGUGGACGCAGUGCUGUCGUUGGACGCGCCCCUGCUGCCGCUCGAUAUGAUUGGUAUCAAGAAGGUGUCAGGUGGUGCAUUAGAGGAUUCCUUCCUCGUGUCAGGAGUGGCGUUCAAGAAGACGUUCUCGUACGCCGGCUUUGAAAUGCAGCCGAAGAGCUACGAUGAUUGCAAAAUCGCAUUACUCAAUAUUGAAUUGGAGUUGAAGGCAGAGAGAGAUAAUGCACAGAUCCGUCUGGACAACGUGAAGGAGUACCAGAAGGUGGUGGACGCGGAGUGGCAGAUCCUGUACGAGAAGUUGGCGGCGCUGCACGCAAGCGGCGCCAACGUGGUGCUCAGCAUGCUGCCCAUUGGUGACGUCGCCACACAGUACUUUGCUGACCGGGACAUGUUCUGCGCGGGCCGCGUGCCGGCGGAGGACUUGCGGCGCACUCAGCGCGCGUGCGGCGGCGCGGUGCUCAGCUCGGUGCGCGACAUGAAGACCGACAGCCUCGGCCGCUGUCAGCACUUCACCGAGAAGCAGGUCGGCGGAGAGAGAUACAAUAUAUUCACCGGUGGAAUUAAACAUGGUCCUGAGGGAUGCCCGGCGGCGAAGGCGUGCACGAUGGUGCUGCGCGGCGGCGCGGACCAGUUCCUGGAGGAGACGGAGCGCUCGCUGCACGACGCCAUCAUGAUCGUGCGCAGGACUAUCAAAAAUGAUGCCGUUGUCGCUGGUGGUGGUGCAAUCGACAUGGAGAUAUCGAAGCACCUGCGCGAGUACUCCAAGGGUGUGGCUGGCAAGGAACAGCUCCUGGUGGCGGCGGCGGCGCGCGCCUUCGAGGCCAUCCCGCGACAGCUCGCCGACAACGCCGGUCUCGAUGCCACCGGGCUGCUCAACAAGCUGCGUCAGCGUCACCACGCCGGUGACGUGUGGUACGGCAUCGACAUCCAGAAGGAGGAUAUCGCAGAUAACUACGUGAACUGUGUGUGGGAGCCCGCUGUUGUCAAGAUCAACGCCAUCACAGCCGCGUGCGAGGCCGCCACACAGAUUCUGUCGAUAGAUGAGACAAUCAAGAACGUGAAGAGUGAAGCGCCGCCGCAGAUGCCGGGCCGCGGUAUGGGCAGACCCAUGAUGGGAUAACCUCAUGCACCUCACACCUCACGCCUCACACCUCACGCCUCACGUCCAGUAUUCUUACAACCUCACACAACAUCCAAGUGAAAGAUAUUACAUCAACACUUUAAACCAGUGAUUUCAUUUUUGUAGCAAAAAAGCCAUUCAGUUCAAGUCAGUUUUUAUCAAAAGUCCAUACAAAAUGUAUGUUGACAAAUAUAUAUCUCCACUAUAUUAUGUCCUUCUCUAAAUGUGUGUUUACAUUGUCCAAUUUUAUAAAAAAACUCUGUUGUAAUACAUAUGUGACAAUGGAAACGCACAAUAUGUAACAAUUAGUGCGCUAGAUUGAACGCAGGCUUUUAUUUCUGGAAGAGAGUUUUAGUUUUGUAUUCAUUCAUUAAUCCACUGACUUCGCGUUACGCUUUUACAUUAGCGAGUAAGUUGUUUAGAUAUUGUAAUAAAUUAUAAUGUACUAAG